CUGAAACGCACGUUUGUGCUUCGGAAAACCAAAGCAGCUUGUGCGAAGCGCGAAGCGAAAAGCGACCAAGCAAUGGAGGAGGGGGAGCCAUUGUCAUCGCCAAAGACCAGCAGCGAACCCAAAAAGCCGUUUACGGUGCUCAGCCCGAUCAACGACGACCUUCUCCACAACAUUCUCUCCAGGCUACCUGCCAUAUCCUUCGCAUCGGCGGCGUGCGUUAGCAAAUCCUGGAACCACCUCUGCAAUCGCAUUCUCCUCUCUCGCCCUAAGCUCGCCUCUGCUCUCUCUCUCAACCCCUCUCCCCGAAUUGCUGUAGAAGAGGUUCUUGAGAAGGUGCUCUCCGAGCCCAUUCGGCCGCAUUUUGCCAUCGCAAGCAUUGGUAGUGGAUUCAGCUUGAUUGAUGCUUUUCGGCUUAUAACAAAAAAAUUGGGGUCGCGUAUGCCUUUUAUUAUUUCUAAGGCUAGUGGAAUAAUUGGAAGGGAUGCUCUUACCAAUGAAUUUAGAGAGGUCAAGUGGGGAGAUAUUGGUGGUGAUUCGGAUGAUGAAGUUGGCUAUGUACCUGCAGAAGACGAAAACAACGGCAUUGUUUUGACCGUGGGGUGUGUACCUGGAUUAAAAGUUGAUGCUAUCCCACUUUUACGGUCGGUAAAGGAACCACGAGUGGCAAUGGUUGACAAGUUUGUGAUGGAUAUUAAGGAUUACACAGCUUCUGUUUCAGGUUGCACAUCCCCAGUUGGGAUUAUAAUGUUUGGAGAAGGACUUGCUGACAUGAAACCCGUUAUUGAUGCUUUGGAUUAUGCUCUGCCAAUGGAAACCGUCAUUGUGGGUAAUGAGAGAGGCUGCUUUCUAUACAAAAGUGGGGAUGAAUCUAGAAAUGUCUGUGGGAGUGCAAAAUACUUAUCAGAUGCUGUAGCUCUAGUAUUUGCGAUGGAUAGAGAUGAAUCCGUUGGUAAUAUUCAAUUCCAUAUUGCAUUGUCAAGUGGUGUAUCAGCAGUAGGUCCCAUACACAAGGCAGCUUCUGUUAGAGAGAACUGCUCUGAUUGUACUACUUGGCUUACUGCUAGAAGGGAAGGACAACGUGAGGUUCUUGAUGGCCAAAGAAUUCUAGAUGAUAUCAAUGAUGAGUUGGAAAAUCGUAUUGAGAGUCCUGAUCUGUACAUUGGGGUUACAAAACGAAGAAAAUGCUGUGUUGGGUCUGAGAAACCAGGGUCAAUAACAUCCUUGGCAUUCCAUGGAGUUAUAGGCGCAGACGAAGAGUACCUUUAUGUCAAUGGUAUUAACAUCAGAACUGGUGAUUACUUUCAGUUCUACCAUUCAGAUCCCACUACCGCAUUGUCCACAUGCAGUGAUGCCUCUUCAAACCUCAAAAGUCUGAAGGUAGAUGGAAAUUCCAGCAAUGGCCGUCGCCCGAGGGCUGUUGCUGUUAAUAUUGCAAAUAAGGAAGUUUUUGGAGGGUUUAUAUUCUCAUGUGCUGGCCGUGGUGAGUCUUUCUUCGGACGCCCCAGCGUUGAUAGCACUCCAUUCACGGAGAACUUCCCGGGGGUUCCAUUGGCAGGAAUAUAUUGCGGAGGGGAAAUUGGACGCGGCUUUUCAAGCUUGAUUGAAGAAGGCAACAAAGAAGGCUCCGUACACUGCAGUCUGCAUGUCUAUAGUACUGUUUAUCUUGUGAUGUCAUAUACCACAGCUCGUCUAGAGCAUUAAUAUCCAUAUGGGGGGCAACAAUAGUACUGUUAUUUUUGCCCAAAAAUUAAUAUUCUGUUUCACUUGCAAAAGGAAGACGCUCUAGAAUCUAGACCACAGGCGGACAGUGCCCCUUGGGCCUUAGCUAUUUGAUAGGUGUAUUAUGGAUUAUGGGAGAUGUAUUUGUUUGCCUUUUUGCAGUUGACUGUUCAGUUUCUUCCACAUUUCUAUGGACUAACUAUUUUCUAUGGACAUCAAAAUUUCCCCCCUUUUUAUUUA